CCCUAAACAAAGCGCCUCGGUUAUAAAUACCUAGAAGAUAUCUCCUCAUAUACAAAACAAUACACAGCCAAAGUUUAUCUGUAUCUAUAAUCACCAUCAUCAUCCAUCAUGUCUUCCUCUCCCAAGAUGAUCUCUCUGAUGAGCUCUGACAACGAGACCUUUGAGGUGCCUGAGGCCGUGGCUUUGGAGUCACAAACCAUCAAACACAUGGUGGAAGAUGACUGUGCAAACACCACAAUCCCUCUCCCUAAUGUUACUGGCUCUAUUCUUGCUAAGGUUAUUGAGUACUGCAAGCAUCAUGUUGAAGCCCCCAAAUCUGAGGAUGGUGCUGUUAAGCCUGAUGAUGAUCUCAAGGCUUUUGAUGCUGAUUUUGUCAAGGUUGAUCAGGCUACCUUGUUCGAUCUCAUCUUGGCGGCCAACUACCUUAAUAUCAAGAGUCUGUUGGAUUUGACAUGUCAAACUGUUGCUGACAUGAUCAAGGGAAAGACACCUGAGGAGAUAAGGAAAACGUUCAACAUCAAGAAUGACUUCACUCCGGAGGAAGAGGAGGAGGUCAGGAGGGAGAAUGCGUGGGCAUUCGAGUAAACAACGUGCUGUCUGGAUGGGGGAAAUUAGUUGUAGCUAUAACUAUCUAUCUAUCUUUGAACAGAGAUGUUAAAUGUGGAUUUGUGGUUGCCUUUUGUAUGUAAGAACCUAAGCCUCAAUUGCAUGUUUCCAGGAUGCUAUUUCGCUAAGACUUGUUGAAUGGAAGGUUAAGUUAUGAUGAUGCUCAAUUCUGUUA